AUGACUACUGGCAAGACCGGAUCCGGGGCCGGGGAUGCUUUGCUAACCAAAGGGGGUUCUAGGUCUAAUUCUGUUGCCGAUGCCGCGGGGGCCAAGGCUCCCAAGGAGGGCCGGACCCUCAACCUUGUGCCGUGCGAGAAGGAGUGCCGGCGUUGUUUGACUGCGUUGGCCGACUGGGAUGGCUCGGGGCUGAUCCCUACCUGUUGCAAGGACAUCAACUCCCGUUCUGGAAAGUGUGUUCGUUGCGCUGCGCACGGGAAGCAGUGCAGCCCAGUUGCUGCAGCCUACCGUGGCACUGCUGCGGCCCUUGUGGCCGAGGCCUCUAAGGAGGUGAUUGAACCUGCCAAGCUCAAAGCCCUUCAAAUGAAGGUGCAUCGGGCCCUUGAGGCCAUGAAGAAGAAGACUGGCGCGGCUGCUGCUUCUGCUGCCCAGAGGCUCGCUGUUCGCGAGCAAGAGGCUCGCCUGGCCCGCGAGCGGUUCCAUGACCAGCUGUUCCUUGAGGCAGUGAACUGCCUCCGUACCAUGGCGGCUGCGGCUGCCCGCCAAGCCAACGCUGCUCGUGGAAGCAGCAGGGAGCAGGUCUCCCUGACGGAUCGCGUUGCGCCGGGCUUUGUGCCCAACUUUAUGCCUGCCGAGGAGGAGGAGGAGGACGAAGAGGAGGAGGAGUAA